CUGCCAGCGCGUCGGACGCGGGAUUAACGGGCAUCAACGUCGGGCAAAGACAGUAAUAGGACAGUAAUAGGAUGAAGUCCAGAGCACAAAUAGACCGGAACGGUUAAGACGGCGUCGGCGUCAGCGACCGCUCGUCUGCUCUGUUCCUGCCGGAGGCACCGUCGCCUGCUGCUGCUGAAGCUGCUGCUGCUGAAGCUGCUGCUGCUGAAGCUGCUGCUGGCCCAGUCUUCACUCCAGUCACUGCUACCGAGCUGCAGAAUGAAGCUCCUGCUCAGCUGUGCUGUUCUGGGUUUGACCCUGGGCGUCCUCAGGGCUUCUCCCGAGGACCCGCCCGAAGGCGUCUCAGAGGACACUUUAAAACAGCUCUCUGUGGAUGGGGAGAGGCUGGUGGACGAGGAGGUGAGGAGGGCCCUGCACGGCGUGAAGCAGAUGAAGGAGGUGAUGUGGAGGAACGAGCAGAAGCACGAACACCUCAUGACGUCCCUGCGACACAGCAGCGACAAGAAGAAGGGGGCAGCGCAGCUGGCCAAGGAGGUGAGGGAGAAGCUGGUGGAGGCCGAGGAGCAGUGCCAGGAGUCGCUGCAGCCGCAGUGGGAGGCGUGCAGGCCCUGCCUGGAGCACGCCUGCAAGGCCUUCUACACCUCCACCUGCCGCCGGGGCUUCGCGUCCUUCCAAGCGAAGGUGGAGAACUUCUUCCGCAGGGUGUCCCGGCGCUUUGGGCCGCGCGAGGCCCGCGUGGCGGCGGGCGACGUCCUGGUGAACCAGGACGCCGCCCGCGGCGCCGGCGCCGACGCGGAGCUGGUCCGCGUGGAGGACGCGUUCGGGCGCCUCGCCGGCCGCGUGGGCGCGCUGGUGGAGCGCAGCGCGGCCCUGGCGUCCAGGAUGAGCGGCCGGAUGAGGGACGCGGCGCUGCUGACAGCCCUCCUGAACGGCACCGGCGCCGCCGUGGACCGGGCCGCCGCCGACCCCUACGACCCGGGUCGGGACUCCGGCUUCCUGCAGGGAGUGGGCCUGGAGGAGGUGAUGGACUCCUUCUUGGACUUUGGGAGGAGUGUGAUGGAGGAGUUUGGCGCCGUGGUGACGCAGGUGUUUGAUGACCUUCAUGAGGCUGUGGACGAAGAGCGGCAGGAAGAGAGCACAAGCUCCCCUCGCGUGCUGCACAGCAGGAGGCUGUGCAGGGACCUCCGCAGGCAGUCGUCGGAGUGCUGGCAGCUGCAGAGCCGGUGUGAGAGCUGCCAGGGCGCCCUGCUCACAGAGUGUCCCGCCGUGCGCGAGCUGCACGUGGAGCUGGACGAGGUUUCCCAGCUGCUGGACGUGUCCAAGGAGCAGUACGACGAGAUCCUGUCCAUCGUCCGGCGCCACACGGCCCAAACGGUGGGCUGGCUGGGCGACAUGGCGGCCCGGUUCGGCUGGGUGGCCCAGGCCCUGAACGGCAGCAGCGCGGGCGAGAACGUGUUCCGCGUCACCAUGGUGGCGCCAAAGAGCCGCAGCGACCUGAACGACUCCGUCACUGAGACCAGGGUGGAGGUGAACGUCCUCAACUCCUCCCCGAUCGCCGUUUCUGUUCCUGGGGAGCUGGAGCUGCUGGACCCGGUCUUCAUCCAGUACGUGGCCCAGGAGGCGCUGGACAAGUACAAGGAGAUGGUCAGGUUUGAGGAUGAAUAAAACUUCACACGCUUUUCAUCAGCCAUUUUGAGCACCUUCUGUUUUAGCUGAACUACCAUGUUUCUGUACUUGACAUAGUCCCGACGUGUAAAUUAUUAAUUAUAACCCUUUCAUGAAUGUAACGAGUUACAAACAGGCUCCACAAUAAAAGUCUUGAGCUGUAAAUGUUCACUGGAAGAGUCUGACUCACACAAGUGUAAAAAGAAACGCUUUGAGUAAAACUUUUAUUUGUUUCUGUACAAAAUCAUUAGUUUCCAUUCUCAGUAAUUUCUUUAUUAUCUCUUCACUAGCUCAAGUCGCAAAUAUUAGCUUCUCAUGAGUGACGCACAGAAAGAAACAUGAACGUUUUCACAUCCUCGUCCUUAAGCUUUCAGACCAACACUCGUCUGCUCCUCACACACAGCUGGACAGUGGAAGGACCCCUGAACGCACCACGCCACACUUGUAGAUUCCCAUUCACCAUGAACGCAACAGAGGCGAUCGACCACCGUUAAAACUGGAAACUGAAAUCAGGAACCACACGUGUGCAAAGCGCCUUCGAGGCCCCGCGCUAAACGUCGCUGGGUGGAUUUGCAAAGUCGCAGUUACAGAUUCAGAGAUUUGUUCUGCGGUGUCGCUCUGGAGAACCUUCCAACUGUGGCAGACACCACUCAGAAUAUUCAAGACGCAUUUGCUCCCAGCUGGUUGGAGUUCACUGAGAAAAGACAAGGAGGUUUUACACCUGUGAGUUAGAUGUGAUGUGAAGGUGUGUUAGUCUGCUCCCAGCAAACAGCUGUGGACCACGAAAUCACAGAAAUGAACUCACAGGAAUUCACAGCUAAAAAGUCCAUGUGGAAACAAAUAUCAAACGUUAAACAGGAACAUUGUUCAAUAUUAAAUCAAAAUACCUCUUUAUGAUUUCAAGUCCCCGUUUAAAUCAAAAGUAAAAUGAUAGUCAGCUGACUUGAUCUGCCAUUAGAAAGAUUCACACAAACCACGUCCAUGUUUUCAUUCAUUCUCCGUCUGUUCAGUUCACCUGCUUCGUCCGCCUCACGUCUC